CUGCACGCAUUUAUUUACAGACGAAUUCGGAGCGGAAGGAUAAAAACACAUUUCUCCAGAUUCUCGGCACCGGAAGAAUCAGACAGAUGGAGUUUGACUCUGGGUACCGUGACCGGCUUGAGAUGUUUGCACACACCAUGGCGCUCUGGUACAAGGAGUAUGAACACUGGCAGUCCAGACCAAGGAAGCGCAUGGUGAGGGUGAGCGGAGUCUGGCCUCCCACGGACCGCGCGUGCACACAGUGGAUCUUACAUCUGCUGGACUGCGGAGCAGCGACCCCUGCUGCCAGAACACUUCACAAUGAUGAUUCAUCAGAGAUGAUGUGUUGUGAUGGAGGGAGCAUGCUGCUGCUGACGGACUCUUCCGGUUUGCCACUGGGCUUUGAUAUGUUGCCGCGGGGUUGGUCGACUUCGUUGGAUGUUGGGGAAACAAAGGGCAGUGAUGAUGAGGGUGUGGGUGCCGUCACUCAGAGGAUGCUGGGAUUGCUCCGGUUCUCAAUGGAGGCACCACUGAGUGGGAGGUUGCCACGACUACCACAGACUUUGACAGUUAGUGAUAAGAAACUGCAUAGGUUACUGAGAAAGAGAGAGAAGUCUCUGUCUCGUCUGAAGGUGACUCUGAGGCCAGAGGCAUUUGGUGGCUGGAUGCCCAUUGAUGUAGACUGGGAAACUAGGACGGCAUGCAUUAAAGCAUUCAGUAUGCGCUGGCCCCCCACAUACUACUGUCAUGCUUGUAAGAAACAGUCUUUCCCCAGCCAGCUGAAACCAUGUCCUGGCUGUAGGGCAGUGUUGUUCUGUUCAGAUGAAUGCCCUCCAUCAGCUCACCCUCAAUCUUCACCGGAUCUCCAUCGCUCGCACUGCUGUGAAAGAUUAACCGUCUACAUGAGCCACAGUGCCCAGCUAGCCAACCUGCCCUUCACGUAUGCCAAAGAAACAACAACCGAAGACUUUGAUUUAGAACAUUUCUUAUUUAAGAAUAAGUUGAACAGUGGCUACUGGUUGCAUUGGAGCCUACUUGUGCGGUCCCCCCGUUUUGAGCUUCAUUCUGGAUUGGAACAGUCCAAAGAUGUCUGGCUAUCAGGUCACUCGGAACCUUAUGGCCAUCUGAAAGAGGAAGCCAAUAUCUUGCUUGGUCAAACACCCCUCAAGUCCCCUUCCCCCAGCUCACCUUUAGUGUCCUGGAGUCAGUAUUUUAGUUGGAGAGCCUUGGAUCUGGCAUCACCUGUGGCUUCUCUGCUCAGCUCCACAUUAUCUAUAUACUACAUCAUCACCUCUUUGGUGCCGCAAGACUAUCCAGAGCUGAACGUUCUGAAGAAGCAGUCUUUGAAGAUCCACAUCAUCGAAUCCUACAGAGAGUUUCACACGAUCAUGACUUUUUGGGAGCUGUCGGUGCUUCUUCCACACAUGACUUUUGAACUUUCAUUCUUUGGAGAACGGCUGCCACAAGAGAGUCAUGAACAGCAACUGUACUUACAAAAAAAGAGUGAUGGUGUAUCGCUGGUGAGUUCUGCACUAGGUUCACAGAAGAAAGCUGACAAGAGUAUCCGAGUCAAAGCGUACAAAAGAGCCUACCACAUGCUCCAGGUCCCCAAACCAGACCUUGUGAUUGGAUUCAGACCAGCAAUUCCUCUCCAUGACUCAUGGCUCAGCACUCUCCCUCGACUUCAGUCCAUGAGAGUUCCAGCCUAUUUUUGUGAGCUAAGUGAGUCAACCUGUGAGUCCAGCGAGCAAGUGAUGAGUUCUGCCACAGGGGGUGCUCUCUCUUGCCCUACUAUUAACCCCUUCCACUGUCCUCUACGACUCUGUGGAGGAGACAACUUGCUACCAUGGUACUCCAAUGCUUUCAUUUUUCAUCUCCUCUAUAAGCCUCUUGUGCCUUGCGUGCGGCGCCCCUCCAAUGAACAAGCAGGUGGUCAAACUAAUCCACAGGAACCAGCCAGUCAGAGAGCAGUGACUGCAAAGCACAGCUUUGCCCCUGAACUGCCCAAGAUGACCAAGAAAGAGAGGAAGCAGGCAGCCCGUAACAUGCCUCAUAAGCGAAAAUAAGCAUGCUUACACAAAGACCCACACAAACAACCUCAGCAGCUGUCAUGCACUUACAAAUAUGCUUAUAUAACAAAAACGCAAUAAAAUUAAAGUACUGUUUUAUGUGGCAGUAUAAUGUGUUGUGCUGGUACUGGGGAAUGAACAUACAGACAGGCGAGUAAACUCCUACCCCCACUCU